ACAACAAUAAAUUGUCAAAAUAGUUAAAAAUAAUUUUUCUAAAAUGAAAAUAACAAUUUUCUCACACUGGUGAUACUUUAUAUGGGCAAUACUUGAAGAAGAUGUAACGUUAAAAUAUCAUGCUUCCAGUAAUUUGAGAACAUUUGGGAAAUCCAUGGAUAAUUCAUGAGUGUGUCAAUGGGUGGGAAAAAGAAACGUUUACAUAAGUUUAUGUAGUGUUAAUUUAGUGUUUUCUUUAUGAAUUGUGCUUAUUUUCAUGUGUUAUGUGGUUCUAGAGAAGAAAAGAAAAUGAGUGUUCAAGAUUCAAUAGAAGAGUUGACAGAAAUUUGCAUGAAUCUUCGUCACACUAUUAGAUCUGUUGAUCAAAAAGAAAAGGAAACUAUUGUUUUAAAACAUAUCAAGGAGUUUGCUGACACUGGUAUUCGUAUUUGUGACUUUCAAAAAGGCCUGGAAUGGUGCAAUGUCUCGGAAGAAAUAUCGGUAGUCAAACAUCUCACUGGCAAGAUUACGAUUCUGGAUUUUUUCACAUAUUGUUGUAUCAAUUGUAUGCACAUUCUACCGGAUUUGGAUGCCCUUGAAAAAAAGUAUUCUAUCGAAGAUGGACUUGCAGUUAUUGGAGUUCAUAGCGCAAAAUUUGCUAACGAGAGGGAUUCGGAGAAAAUUUUAUCAGCCGUGCAACGAUAUAACAUAGCGCAUCCAGUUGUAAAUGAUAGUAAAUUGUCUAUGUGGCGCGAUAUUGGAAUAUCUUGCUGGCCAAGUCUUGUUAUUUUAGGACCAAAAUUGCAGCCAUUAUUCGUUUUAGUCGGAGAAGGACACAGGGAAUUAUUAUUUCUUUAUGUGCGAGUUGCUCUUGAUUAUUUUAAUUCUUUAAAUCAAAUUUCAAAUCAUACGUUGCCUUUAAAUUCCGUCCAACAUUUAUUACCGGCCUCCAGAGGAAAUUUACUCUUCCCUGGGAAAAUAAAUAUAUUUGAAAGUCAAAAUGGUGAAAAACUAGUUAUUUCCGAUACGGGAAAUAAUCGAAUUUUAAUUAUGAAUGAAAUGGGAAAAGUGGAAAUUGUAAUUGGUGGUUGUGCUCCAGGUUUUGAGGAUGGUAGUUUUGAAAAAGCAAGAUUCAAUGCACCGCAGGGUGUUUGUACUCUUGAAAAUUGUAUUUUCGUCGCUGAUAAUGAAAAUCAUGCCAUACGAAAGAUAGAUUUAGUGGGGAAAAAUGUUAUCACUAUAGCUGGAAAUGGAAUUCAAGGACACGAUUAUUCAGGAGGAAAAAGUGGAAAAGAUCAACUUCUUUCUUCACCUUGGGAUGUGGCAAUUUAUCAACAUAAUCAAGCUGAGCGCAGCGUUCCUGUACUGAUGAUCGCUAUUGCUGGUAUUCAUCAAAUUUGGGCUCUUUUCUUAGAGGAUACAAUUUGGUGGAAGAAAAAGAAUUACAAGGCCGGAACUUGUGUGGCAAUUGUAGGAAGUGGAAGAGAAGAAAAUCGAAAUAAUUCCUAUCCCCAUACAGCGAAUUUGGCACAACCUUCGGGUCUUGCAAUUUCACAGGAACUCAGGUCUGUUUUCUUCGCUGACAGUGAAAGCAGUGCAAUUAGAAGAGUUCAUCUUGAUGAUGGAAAAGUCUCUGCUGUCUGUGGAGCCGAUAAAAAUCCAUCGAAUUUGCAUUGUUUUGGUGAUAUUGAUGGAAAACAAUAUUCAGCAAAAUUGCAGCAUCCACUUGGAGUUGUUUGGGAUUCUUCCCGGGAAAUGAUUUAUAUUGCCGAUACCUAUAAUCAUAAAAUUAAGAAAGUAGAUCCAGAUGGAAAUUGUACAACUUUGUAUGGUGCAGAAAAACCAACAAUCAAUCAUAAGUUCAAUGAACCCAGUGGAUUAGCAUUAAAUAAUGCAAAGAAAAUUCUUUACAUUGCCGACACUAAUAAUCAUUGCAUUAAAUCAAUUGAUAUCGAAACUGAAAAAAUCGAUGUGCUCUCCAUUGUUAUGCCAGAAGAAAAAUGUAAAGUAGAUAAAAAAUUUGAAUUUGAAACAACAAUUGGUUCGAAUGAUGGUCAAUUGAAUAUUUCAUUUAAAUUUGUUUUCGAAUCAGAUUUAAAAUUAAACACCGAAGCUCCUCAACGAUGGUCUUUAUCACAAAUUCCAUCAUCUUGGAGUGCAUUAAAUUUAAAUGGUACUCUCGAAAAUCCCAUUCACGUGCAAUAUUCCCAGGGAAAGGAAAAACAAGAAAUUUCCAUUUUCCUCAAUAUUGUCGCUUGUAAAACAACUGAAUGCAUACCAAUGAAAAUUAUGAUACUAUAUCAUGUGCAUCGAGAUGAAAAUCAAUCUUCAAAUAAUUGCGAUAAGAAAAUUGUUGAUAUUUUACAUUUAUAGUAAAGACAUUUUUAUUAGGGGAAAUCAUUUAAAUUUCACAAAAGUAGAAUUCAUUAAUUUUCAUAUCAAUUUAAAUAAUUAGUAAUCUUUUAUCCAUGUUUACAUCUUUAUCGAUGUAUUUGUUUUUU